GACAAUUUCACUCCAUCCCCCUCUCGCAUCUGUUCUAUUUUCCCGUAAUUUCCCUACCUGUUUGUUAGAUGUGAGCGAGACCUCUUUUUCCGUUUCCCUCUUCAGUCUAUCUGUUCCUGGUCACUAAGCAUGUGCGAGCAAGCGAGCAACAUUUGGCGAGUAAGCGAGUAAGCAAUGCUUAGUAUAUGAGCGAGUUGUCAUUAAAUGUCUUUGAAGGGCGGCUAUUUGCGUUAUCACAGGUUUGUGGGAGGGGUGGGAGUGGUGAAGCGAGAUACCCAGAGCGAUGCUGUUAGUGAAUGGGUCUGGUGUUGGCUGCUGAGUGAAGAUGGUUCACUCUGUCAGCUCGAAAUGAAAAGGGAGAUGCUUCAGAGCGGAGGUAAAUAAAUGAGCUUAGCGUGUAGUGCAUUUCUAGUUUGUAAUACUUCAGAUGAACUGUCUUCAGUUGAA